CUAUGCAAGCUGGAGAUUUCACAGGGUCUUUAAUGCGCCAUGUUGUCGCUCGCGAGAUACGCGGUUAGAACUUAGAGGUCCCUUACCGAAUACUGCACUAGAGCUUGUGAGGUGUACCAGUUUUGGAUCAUCCACAGCUUACUAUGAUUUGCCUCUUGCUCUAGCAGAAAAACGGGUUUGCCAGCAGCUGAUAAUGUUUUCGAUUAUGUGACGUUUGGAAUUCUGGGAAUUUUUAGAGAGCAUAUAAAUACUAGGGCCCCCAAGAAGUAUGUGUGUCUGCGUGUGUUUGUGUGUGUGUGUGUGGGGGUUGUUGGUCAUUUUGGAAGGUUGGUUGUAGUUUGUUAGUAGCUGAGGUCAAAGAAGAAACAAAAGGAAAGAAAUUAGAUUCUGGGAUUUUCCUAAUUCCUCUCUCCCCUCUAUCCUUGUUUCUCUCCUAUCUAGUGUUAGGGGGUGAAACUGAGUGAUAAAGUGGGGAGAAGAAGAACCCACAAAGUAGCAAAGACCAGCCACAUGGCUGUGGAGGUCAAAGGACAACCCUGGAGUCGGAUCUCUCCUUCCCUUUCUGUGGGUCCUAGGUAGGGGUCAAGCUCAGCUCUUUGGGUUUGCACAGCAGGAAGUUUUACCCAUUGAGUCAUCUGGACAGCCCCUCUGAGUGGACCCUGAAACAUCAUAACAAACCCUUCCGUGGUGCACACUUGGUGUCCCAGGACGAGGGAGCUGAGGUGGAAGGACUGGCACUUUGAGGUCAAUCUGGGCUACAGAAUGAGUCUGAGGCUUGCUUUCCCUACAUGGGGAGACCUCAUCUCAAAAUGAAACAAACCAAGAGAAGAGAGUGUGGGCUCUGGUAUCUGUUUGGCCAAGUUUGAGCCCUGGCAUUGAUUCUGGAACCCACUACUAAAAUAAUUAUGGCUCUGAGCGAGUUCUUUAAUCCUUUCAUGCCCACAUUUCAUGUUCUGUGGAAUCACUUUUUCUAUACCACUUCUGUCACCCUAUUAACCCAGUAGUGACUCCCAGAUGUCUCUUUCCAGUAUCCAUCUCUGCCCUGAACUUACUGUGCUAUAUCCAAAGGCCAACUCUUCUUUGCUUGAAAGUCCAUCUGACAUGCAGUUGCCCCCAAACGAUUUUUCGUUGUCCCCAUUCAGCCUGUCAGACCCUUCUCUCAGGUACUUAGGGCCUGGUUCUUCAUCCUUCCUUCCCUUCCCUCCCAUUUAGAAAAGUGUGUACACACACACACACACACACACACACACACACACACGGUGAGACUAUCUCACAAAAGUCAGGGUGAGGGUGGAUGGCAGGAGGUCCUACACAGUUGGGAGAGCACUUUCUUAGCUUGCCUGAAGCUCUGGCUUUGAUCCCCAGUUCUGUGAAAGCCAGGUGUGGUGAUGAGCACCUGUAACCCCAGAAUUUGGGAAGUGGAGGCAGAAGAAUCAGGAAUUCAAGCCAAGCCUGGGUUCCAUGAGACCUCUUUGCAAGCCAGUAAAAAGUCAAGUCCUGUGUUCCUUUGUUAACCCCUCCUGCAUCCUACCUGCUGUUCCCUAGGCCCUACCUGCUCACAGGAUCUCCAGGGAGUCAGAGGUCUGUCUUCCCUCUCCACAAACCCACAUCUUUGGAAAUGCCUUGCUUGCACUAUUGGGACCAUGAAGGUCUUGGUGUCUUUCAGACAUAGCAAGUACAUGCUUCAUACUGCUGUUUCCCCUUCCUCUUGGAUUGGCUUCCCCAGACGUAUGAGUGAUUUCCCCAUUCUUGCCAAGAGUCUCAGUCCGAGGCCUUGUUGGCAGCUUGUCUAGUCAUACCUGGCUUUACUUUGUCUCUUUCAGAGCCACUACAUCCUUUGUUUAUUCCUUUGAAUUCUCAGAUCUGUCUACUAGUGUUGGGCUCCUGAAGAACACAUAGGUAGAAAGUUACUAUGCUAGAGUUAACUACCCUUCCUCUGGUCUCCUCUGGAAGAUGGAGUAGCGAGCUGGGAGGGGCUCCUUCCUGCAAAUGGAGUCAGCUAGCAAUAAACUAGACACAUUGUAGUGCCCCUAGGGGCCUUGGAGCUGAGACUGGAGAGUAUCAGGAAUGACCUUGCAUGUCUUCCUAGUGCCAAGACAUGAUCCUUGGCGUUCCCCCAUAGGUUGGCAAAAAGAUCUCUGCCAGGCCAAGGUACUGAAGAGACAGGAAAAACAACAAUUAGAACAGUUUAUUUAUUUAUAUUCAAGGGACUGGAGCCUUGUACAAGGUGGUAAAGUGCUGUAUGACUGAGCAGUGACCCCAGUCUCUUACUUGUGGAUUCUAGGCAAGCUGGCUGUCUUCUGCUGAGCCAAGCUUGCAGGCUUUGGGGAUAAAGUUUAUGUGGCCUCUGGGCUGUCAGCUAAGAGUGGGCGGUAAGGGGAAGUGUCAGGUACCUUAUGCACUGACUAACUCAGUCCUCAUGACAGUUUACAAGGUCAGUGCUCUUGUCUCAAAUUUUAUGUAAUAUCUUCUCUUCACUUUACUACAAAAUGGCAAGUACCUUACCCAUGGCACUUACUGGGGGUGUGGUGGUGGGGGGAGUGAGGAGCUUUGAUCUGAACCUGUGAGUUCCCAGCCUGCAGCACUGAUUGCAAGGUGUAUGCCAUGCUUGCGUCAAAGGCUGUGAGUCAGUGCUUGAAGAACCUUGGGAGGGAAGCAUAGCUGGGUAGCGAGUAGGAGAUGGCUGCUGUUCCUAACUGUAGGAGCCUUAGUUUCAUGGUCUGUAAAAUGGGGAGAUGAUUGUAAUGUCUACCAGAGUAGUAGGAUUAGGAUGAGACACUGAGGUGGUGUGUUUUGGGGACACCCUGGGUGUGCUGGGAAGCUGCAGGGUACACUGUAGUGGUCUAGAUUGUGGGGUGUCCUGCACUUGACUUUAGCAGAAGGCAGAGAAACCAUGUUCAGUGGCCUGACUGGCUUUCAUUGUUAUGUCUCCUGGGGGUCAGCGGAAGGCUUCAUUAUAUGUUGGGGAAGAACAGGGUGAAGGUGGAGCGAGCUCAAGCCAGCUCAUAUUCAUCCAGAGUUGGGGAGAACAGUGCAGAGUGGGGUGGAGGUCAGGCUAUGUGGCACGCUGUGUGACAUUCUUGUGAGAACCCAGUAAGGCUAGAGAUGGGCGGGGGCAUAAAGUUUGUGGGCAAACAGCCUAGGGUGGGCUGUGGACAGUGAUUUGCCCAUGGAGAUGGUGGGGUGCAGUGGUAUGACAAGCCCAGGGUGCUUCAGGGUUCUCUCUUCUACUGAAAUUUUGGAGCACAGUUUUGGGAGGAGAGCAGUGACCUGGAGCCCUGGGCAAGAACUUGAGAUUCCCUUAGUGAAAAAUGGCGAGGAACGGGCUGGAGGCUGGGAGACUGUUAGCUUGUGUGAGAGCAACCCCAAGAGGCUGUGGCAGAAGUGGGUGAAGGGGUAUCCCAUGUGCCUGUAGUGUUGGGGUGUAAUGUCAAGGCCUGGCAAGGGUGGGACCCCCCCAACAUUCCCCUCCCCAAGGAUGCUGGUCAGAGUGGGAUUAGAAAAGGAGCCCGGAGAGACGGGCAGGCUGGAUGUCAGCGGCCAGGAUGAACUUCAGGUCCUUUAGCAAAUAUGGUGUGAGCAGGUAGAGGGAGGGAGUCUCAAAGGAGUGAGAAGGACUGGGUCUGGAUAGUCCCAAAGGUGGGGAGGGCUGCCCAGGGGAAGAGAGGCGGGAAGUGUGUGUGCCUGGGGGUCAGGGGCAGGCGUUAGGUACAGUUUGGGCAGAAUUCAGGUAAAAUACGGGGAAAUGGAACACAGGCAGAAAGUGAUGUGUGCGUGGGCUAGAACUUUGAAUGUGUGGGCAGAAUUGAAGCAGAAUCAAAGGGGGCAUGACAAUUCAGACAGAACAUUCAGGGGGCGGGGUCCUAGGAGAAUGUGGAGGGCGAUGGUAAGAAGCAAUGUGCUGGUUCCCCCUCGCCUCAGACUGGGAGAAUGGAAUGAAGUAGGGAUCGGUGCAGAGGGAGGGGCUGGCUGCCACCAUGCACGGCAGCACAAGGGGCAGGAAGUGGGGGUCUGCCAGGAGGAGGAGGCGAGGAGUGCGCUGGGAGUUGGGGCUAAGGAGGGAGCUGGCCAGAGUGUAGGCCUGGUUUGUAGAAUUCUUGCCUGGCGAGAGCUAAGGGACAGUUUCCAAGCCUCUAAGAGGUGAGGGGAGGGAGUGUAGGUAUGCACUGAGGAGAGUGGAGUUUAGGCCUGUUAUUCAGAGGGUGAGUGUCUGGGAUCUAGGCGGUGGGAGUGGGCACCGGAUGCUGGGCUGAGCUGUGUGACCCAGGUGGUGCAGGGUGGAGGACAAGGUCAGUUUGACAAUGGGGAUGAGGGAGGAGAUACCUUGAGCACAGCUCCCCAGGAGUUCCACCUUCAAUGCUCUAGUAAACCGUCGUCCUGCUGUGUGCUGUGGUGGCAGAUGCUGCAGUUGACCGCUCUGUGGGGCUGAGGUCUCUGGGCGGAGCCAGAGAUCAAUACUCCAAGCUUCAGCACUUCUAGAAAGUGGAAGCAUAAUUGCUAUGGGCUUCCAGAUUUUAUGAAGCCCUCCAUUAAAAAACGUUCCAGAAACCAGAGUCCCAAGCCAACAUGGCUGUGUGUAGUUUUUUAAACCUGUAUCAAAACCAAACCAAACCAAACCAAACCAAACAAUAACAGUGACGCCAAAGCCACCACCACUACCACUAAAAUCCCAAAGUUGGAGCUUUGUGGUGUUGCUGCCUUUUGUUUGGGGGAUAGGAUUUCUAUUUUGAGAUCUUUUUAUGCAACCCAGGCUGGCCUCAAACUUUUCGCAACAUUUUCUGCCUCUGAGAGUGCUGGGAUAGCUGGUGUGUCCCGUCAUGCAGAGCGGAGAGUCAGUUUCUGGAUCUACCGUUCAUCUUAGGAGAAUGAGGUCACUGUUCUGUGCCUCAUUUCUUGUCUGAAAGAUGAGUUUUAAAAAUGAUGCCUUCCUACCAGAGCUGUUAAUGAGGAUUAAACUGGGUAACAGCAUAUAAAGCACAGAGAACUGUGCUGGGUGUGGCCAUGCCAGCAGUGGGAGGCUGAGAGAGGAGAAGCCUAAGUUCUGAGCCCGAGUGAAGCCAAGUCUCGAAAGACCAAAGUUGAGGUACUGGCUGGGCUCAGUGGGUAAGAGCGCUGGCUGCUUUUCCUGAGGACCUGAUUCAAUUCCCAGCAACUGCAUGGCAGCUCACAACUGUCUAUAACUCCAGUUCUGGAGGCAACACUGUCUUUUGGCGUCUGUAGACACCAGGAGUGCCUCUAGGUCUGUCUUGUCCCCAUUUUCAGGGACCCUGGCCAUGGACCAGCCAGCUGGCCUGCAGGUGGACUACAUCUUUCGGGGUGUGGAGCAUGCUGUGCGGGUGGUGGUUUCUGGGCAGGUACUGGAGCUGGAGGUGGAGGACCGGAUGACAGCUGACCAGUGGCGUGGAGAGUUUGAUGCCAACUUCAUUGAAGACUUGACUCAUAAGACGGGGAACUUUAAACAGUUCAGCAUCUUCUGUAACAUGCUGGAGUCAGCCCUCACCCAGAGCAGUGAGUCUGUCACCCUGGACCUGCUCACUUACACAGACCUGGAGUCUCUGCGCAGCCGCAAGCUAGGGGGCCGCCCGGGUGCCUUGGCCUCCAGGUCGGCCCAGCUGAACUCCAAGCGCUACCUCAUCCUCAUCUAUUCCGUGGAGUUUGACAGGAUUCACUACCCGCUGCCCCUCCCGUACCAGGGCAAGCCUGACCCGGUGGUCCUGCAGGGCAUCAUCCGCUCACUGAAGGAGGAGUUGGGUCGCCUUCGGGGGCUAAAUGACGGCCAGGAUGCUCGGGAGACAGAGAUCUGGCACCUGAGGGAGCAGGUGACCCGCUUGGCGUCCGAGAAGCGGGAGCUGGAGGCACAGCUGGGCCGUUCCCGAGAGGAGGCUCUGGCGGGGCGGGCAGCUCGCCAGGAGGCCGAGUCGUUGCGCGGGCUGGUGAGGGGCCUAGAGCUGGAGUUACGGCAGGAGCGUGGCCUCGGGGGUCGGGCCACUGGCCGCCGCAGCCAGGAUUGUCGCCGUCUGGCUAAGGAGCUCGAGGAGGUGAAGGCAUCAGAGCGCAGUCUGCGCGCAAGGCUCAAGACACUGAACAGCGAGCUGGCCCUGUACAGAAGGGGGAGACGCACCUUGCCAGCGCCGGCUGCAGCUAGGGAGGAUCGAGUUUCAUCCUCUCGGGAGCGCUCUACAUCUCGUGGUCGCGCGGCCACUCGCUCCUCGUCGCGGGAGAGCGGCCGUGGGGCCCGGGGUCGCGGCCGGCCGGCACACCCCUCGCCCUCACCCACAGGUAGUCGUGCGCCCCGUUUUGACCCCACGGCCUUUGUGAAAGCCAAGGAGAAGAAGCAGAGAGAGAUCAGGAUGAAGCAGCAGCAGCAGCAGCGGAACCGAAUGGGCAGUGGAGGAAGCGGGGACGGCCCGUCCGUUUCAUGGUCUCACCAGACUCGGCCCGCUGCUGCUCUGACCGGCCGAGGGGACGCAGCUAACCGCUCCCGGAACCGCAGCUCCUCUGUGGACAGUUUCCGCAGCCGCUGCUCGUCAGUCAGCUCCUGCAGCGAGCUGGAGGAUUUCUCCCAGGCAAUUUCCAGAAGUCGUCGCUGCUGUGGCCGAGGGAAACCACCCAGUCCCACAGCCUGGAGCGGGUCCAAGACGAAGUCUACCACUCGAGAACGCAAUAGUCACCAGAGACACUUGGCCAGCUCUGGGGGCUGGGUCCCGAUGAAAGAGUACAGUUCCGACUACCAGGGAGCUGACAUGGCUGAAAUAGAUGCCCGCCUGAAGGCUUUGCAGGAAUACAUGAACCGGUUGGACACACGGUCAUGACCCUGGAGACAUGGUACCCUGAUUUUUCAGUCUACCAUCAGUGGGUCUGAUGUGGAGGCAGCACCCCUCCAUGUUCCACGUCUCCAGGUGUUCCUGGAGUUUCAGGUGUGUGAGACCCUGACUCCCCCCUCUCCCAGUAAUGCAUUCUAGGAGAAGAGGGUGUGUAUUUUGUAAAUAAAUAUGGUUGUUCUUGGGA